AGAAUUCAUCACAACAUGAGCUGGGACUCUGGAGCCGGUGACACGGAGGAGAAGGUGAAGAGCGGCCCGUCGGUGGACUCGGAGGACCCGCAGAAGAGGAUCCAGGCACGGAGGCUCCGUAUCAAUGCCAGGAUAGAAGCCAAGAGACGGGAAGCGCUCGGCGAGGACCCGGCUUCCAUAUUGGAUCAGAACGAAGAACAACGGAAGAGCUACAAGCAGAUUGAGGAGAGCAGACAGAGGCUCCACAAACUGGUGAGCGACGGCACGCAGCUGGUGACCAAUAUUCAGAUCGCUGCAGACGCCAGAGAGACCCAGCGGAGGGCCGCAGAGGAGGAGCUACAGAGACUGAGCCUUUCUGGUGGCACUCCCCUCGAUCCGCAGGGUCUCGGAAUUGGCGGCCCUCUCUUGCUCGUCCCCGUUGCUGGUCCUGCAUCGGGACAAGGUGGUUCUGCGGCCUCGACCGUCCUUCCUGCCGAAGGUAGUUUCGGCUUUCCAUCUCAAUGA